AUGGUGUUGGCCGAGUUGGGUGGCAAGCUGCGGGAGUCGCUCCGCAAGCUCCAUUCCUCUUCCGGCAGAGUCACCAAGGAUCAACUCAAUGCACUCCUAUCUGAUAUUUCAAGAGCCUUGAUCGAAUCAGAUGUCAAUGUCAAAAUGGUCAUGACCAUGAGAGAACAAAUCAAGACCAAGGUUAUGACACAGAUUGAAGCAGAAGAAAGCAAGGGUGACGACCAAGACGAUCAAAACAGACGAAGCGCCAGUCAUCUCAGCAAAACCGUACAAAAGGCUGUCGUGGAUGAACUCACAAAUCUACUCAAUCCAGAAAACAAGGCAUAUUCACUCAAAAAGGGAAAAGCCAAUGUCGUUCUAUUUGUGGGAUUGCAAGGAUCCGGAAAGACCACGUCCAUUGCCAAAUUCGCCAAUUAUCAUCAAAAACGAGGAUGGAAAACAGCCAUGGUCUGUGCCGAUACCUUUCGAGCGGGUGCUUUUGAUCAACUCAAACAAAAUGCUACCAAACUGCGCGUUCCAUUCUACGGAUCCUACACCGAAGCCGAUCCCGUACUCAUUGCCGAAGAUGGUGUCAAUCAAUUCAAAAAGGAAAAAUACGAAGUCAUUAUUGUCGACACGUCCGGACGACACAAACAAGAAUCGGCACUCUUUGAAGAAAUGCAAGAAAUCAGUGCCGCCGUCAAACCCAACAAUACCGUUCUCGUUAUUGAUGCCACACAGGGACAAGCCGUGUUCGAUCAAGCAUUGGCAUUCCAUUCUGCCGUCGAUGUCGGAUCCGUCAUUGUCACCAAACUCGAUGGAGGCGCCAAAGGAGGUGGUGCACUCAGUGCCGUCGCCGCCACCGAAUCGCCCAUUAUCUUUACGGGAACCGGAGAACAUUUUGAAGAUUUGGAAUCCUUUCAUCCAGAAUCAUUCGUCAGCAAAUUGCUCGGAUACGGAGAUAUGAGAGGACUCGCAGAAGCUUUCAAGUCGGUCGAUGGAGAUGGCAAAGAUACGCUCAUGAAACAACUCGAACUGGGAAAAUUCUGUCUCCGCGACAUGUACAAUCAGUUUCAAAAGGUACUUUCCAUGGGAUCCAUGCAAAAACUCAUGGGGUACAUGCCCGGAAUGCCCGAAUAUCUCAUCCCAAAGGGAGGGGACCAAGAAGCAACCGGUCGACUCAAAAAAUUCAUGUACAUGAUGGACUCCAUGACCAACGCCGAACUGGACGGGAAGGUGGACUUGAGCAAAAAGGAUGAUCCGAAAGUGCAGUCGCGUAUCCGACGAAUUGCGGCUGGAUCGGGCACACACAUUCAGGAAGUCAUGAUGUUGCUGCAAGUACACCGGCAGUUUGAAGGAAUGGUGGGAAAAAGCAAGGGCCUCUUUGGCAAGAAUGCACAAGCUAAGCAGCAACAAAUGGCAGAGCAAAUGCGACGAAAUCCCAAUCUCAUUCAGCAGCGAUUGAAUCAAAUGGACCCUCGAAUGCUUCAGCAGAUGGGAGGACGCGACAAGGUCGCAGCCAUGAUGCAGCAAAUGGCCAAAGGCGGAGGCGCUGGUGGAGCUGGUGGAAUGCCAGACAUGUCCACAAUGAUGAACGCCAUGGGCGGUAUGGGAGGCAUGCCCGGUAUGGGUGGUGGCAUGCCUGACAUGAGCGCCUUGAUGGGAGGAGGUGGAAUGCCCAACAUGGGAGGUGGAGGAGGAGCAGGGAUGCCUGGAAUGCCUCCUGGAAUGGAUAUGGAUGCCAUGAUGAAGAUGGCUCAGUCAAUGGGCCUUGGCGGACCUGGAAUGAUGGGCCCUGGCGGACCUGGACGUAGAUAA